AUGACGACCAAUCCGGAGGCAAACACCACCAAGGAGGUGCAGUCCGAGAUCUUCGAAAAAGAACAACCCAAACAUGACCGACGACGAUCACACAUGUCCAUCGAGGACGCCAACUCGAACUCUGGAGACAGCAUAUUAACAGAAUCCGACCACGACUCCGACGACCACCACAACAACUACAGAAGAUCCCUCGCCCCACAACUCUCCCGCACCUCCUCCACCGGCGCCGUCGGCGGUAUCGUCGCCACCUCCCUCAACCGAACAUGGACGCAAGGCACAACAGGCACCGCUAACGACCCAGCCUUCGAAGUCGACUUUGCCGACCACGACCCAGAGGACCCUCAACAAUGGCCACUAUGGUACAAAGCCAUUAUCCUCGCCGUCAUGUCCUACGGCACGACGUGCGUGGUCCUCUACUCCACGAGCUACACAUCUGCUAUCCCAGGUCUGCAGUCCGCGUUCGGGAUCUCGGAUACGAUCGGUGUGUUGGGAGUCACUACCUACCUCUUCGGGAUGGCGACUGGAGCUGUUAUCUUGGCGCCGUUGAGCGAGAUGUUUGGUCGUCGACCGAUUUACAUCGUGGCUUUGGGCAUGUUUGUUGUCUUCGUGAUCCCGACGGCUGUGGCGAAGAAUAUCGAGACGAUUCUGAUUACGAGGUUCUUUGGGGCGUUUUGUGCGGCCGCUAUGAUUUCUAAUGCGCCGGGGACGGUCAACGAUAUAGUAGACGAGGAACAUCGUGCUCUGGCCUUCUCCAUCUGGUCGAUUGGUCCCAUGAACGGCCCUGUUAUCGGUCCGGUAGUCGGUGGUUUCGUCUUCCAGUAUCUUGGCUGGCGAUGGACGUCGUGGGUCGUUGUGAUUGUGGCCAGUGUGGCGUGGAUCGUCGUGAGCCUGGUGAAGGAAACAUACGCUCCGGCUAUCCUUCGAAAGCGAGCAGCGAAGAAGCGCAAGGAGACCAACGACGAACGAUGGUGGAGCCGGUACGACGACAAAGAAGAACUGUGGCCCCUGCUCAAGCUCAACCUGUCCCGACCUUUCGUCAUGACCGUCACGGAGCCGAUAUUGCUUUUCUGGGACGCUUAUAUCUCCUUAGUCUACGGUGUCCUCUACUUAUGCUUCGUCGCCUACCCCAUCGUCUUUAGUGGUCUUCGAGGCUGGUCACCUGGUCUCUCCGGACUCGCCUUUUGCGGAAUCGGAGUCGGCUCCAUGAUCGUCAUCUGUGGCGAGCCGCUAAUCCGCAAGAUGAUCAACUCCCACAAACCAGAUCCCGAAAGCGAGACGGACGAUGUUCCACCCGAGGCAAUGGUCAGUGUAGUCUGCAUCGCGGCUGUCCUGAUCCCAAUCGGCGAGAUCUGGUUUGCUUGGACGGGUACACCGAAUGUGCACUGGAUUGUGCCUAUACUGGCGGGUAUACCCUUCGGCAUGGGCAAUUGCGGCGUCUUCAUCUACGCUACGAACUACUUGGUCUACUCUUACGAUAUCUACGCCGCCUCUGCCCUGGCUGGAAACGCUGUCUUGCGAUCGAUUAUGGGCGCUACUAUGCCGUUAGCUGGCGAGUCGAUGUACAGGACCUUGGGGGCCCAUUGGGCAGGCACACUUUUGGCACUCCUCGAAGCAUUGUUCAUCCCCAUCCCGUUCAUCUUCUACCGCUACGGCUGGAAGAUAAGAUCAAAAUCCCCACUAAUCCGCCAAAUGCGCGAAGAUCGACAGAAACAAGACGCCAGACGGAAAAGAGCGGAGGAGAAGGCUCUUAGAAGGGUAGGAGCCGAGGCUGAAAUGGGUGCUGGGAUGGCUACGAUGGCGGCUGUGGAUGAGCAGGUCGAUGUGGAGAAGGAGAUGCGUGUUGAUUUGGAGAAGGCUGGGUCUGGAGGGUCCGCCUCUGCUGAGGUGUGA